AUGCCAGUCUUCCAGUUCUUGACAAUCGCUGCAGGUUUCAUGGUACUUGUCUCGGCAGGACGGAUAGGAAACCGCCAAGGAGAUGUACCUAUAUUCACCUGCGCAAAAACAUGUCUACGAGACAGCCACCUACGCAACAACAGAGGCAGGAGGUUGUCCUUCCACGGAUGCUGGAUCGCCCGUUACGACGUCCUCGAAGACGGGAUCUACUUGUGUUCCUACCCCAACUAUACUACCGUCCUCAACGACGAAUCGACCUUCGUCGACGCAGCCGGUUGGAUGGAUGAUUACGGGCACAAGCAGCUGCUUCAGCAACGGCCAGUUAUAUACUACCCUGAGUCCAUUACAGACCUGUGGACCCUCUCUGACCGCAAGCAAUUGCGUUUUCUCGGUGUAUGUCUGCUAUCCACCCCCAUCUUUCCUUUGCGACACAAUCAUGCCAAUAUCCUACUUGGACCUGAAAUGGACGAUGAGCAAUACCUAACGGCUAGCAGUUCUAUCAACGGCUUCGAAAACGACGAGGUCGCCUUCAACGGCUGCAACUGCGUCACUACCUGGGGCCCUGUCCCCACUUCUUCACUCCAGAUCUCGCAAAGCGGUUUUGGUGGACCUGGAUACUGUGGUGGUCCCAUCUGCGAAGUUUCUCCUUCCACCAUUCCUGUUGGUCAAAGUACGAGACUUCGUGGCGGCCUGGGUACGCUGGUGGAAUUCCAAUUACUACCUGUGACUGCACGGAAACGGGGACUAGCCUUCCUUGGACUCAUACAGCAAGCUUGGUUGGGCCUUGUUCGAGUACUCAAGCUUGGGUGGUUACCAAGCAUCUUGGAGAGUCCCACUGAGAUGGUCAAAUACAGCCAUCAGAUUAAGACACCACAGCUUCUUACAGCUAAUGGAGCAAACAAACUCGAACGUGAAGCUUAG